CCAUCAAACCUUCACAGACAGCUCCACAGAACGACUGACAGGAUGAUGAAAGCAGUGUUUCUGUUUUCUGUGCUGGUCCUGGGUUGGACCUGGACCCUCCUAGGGGUCCAUGCGCAGGGGGAAAUUGAGCAGGUGACAGACAAUGUGGCUCCUUCCGUUAUCCCAGUUAGCUUAAAUAAAACAGAGCUUUGUGCGUUAGCACCAGAAAUAGGUCCAUGCAGGGCCUAUGUGGAACGUUACUUCUACAACUCGACCUCAAAGACAUGUCAGAUGUUCAUUUACGGAGGGUGUAUUGGAAACCUGAACAAUUUUGAAGGGGUGACACAGUGUUUGGAGAAAUGUCUCCCUACAGAAGAAAACACGGACCCGGACACUGAUUUAGAGACUGAGACUGAGGACUGAGAAUUUUCAGUAAAUGGAAUGUGUUAUAUAGCGCUUUCUCUAGUCUCCUGACCACUCCAAGUGCUAUUACAUAACAUGUCACAUUCACCCAUUCAUACACUGACAGCAGAGGCUGCUAUGUAAACCAUCUUUCAGUGUUAACUAAUCCCAUUCAUACACCACUGGCACAGCCACAGGGGGGCAGUUUGGGGUUGAGUGUCUUGCCCAAGGACACUUCGGUAUGUGGACCGUGGAAUCUGGGAUCGAACUUUCAACGUUACAGUUGAGAGACAACAGACUCCAUCACUGAGCCACAGCUGCCCAUUGAAGGAACCCCCAACGGAGAAACCACCAGGCCCAUUAAAUAUGACCACAAUAAAGAAACAUUAUGAUGUUGUGUUAGCAAUACAGAAUUGUAUGAACACUUGUUAACAAAUAUCAAAUUAAACAACGCUCUGAAAUGUC